CCUAGCUACGGCCGUGUUCACAACACAUACUCAUUUGUACAACACAAUCAUUUGUUUCUUAGUUUAAUACACAUUACAAACAGACCUUUUAUAACUACACCGAACACGAUUUAUUCACACACCAGUCAGAACUAGAACGCAAACGAAUCCGACAACACACGUCCAAAACAAUAUACACAUUCUAAUAACUUAUAUACAGAUCACGCUAACGAAUCUAAACCUAUAACACGCGAUCAUCAUGGGCCGAAAGAUAAUGGGUUGCGACCCCGUCGUUCAAUUCUCGAUACCCGGGAGUAAUGACCCGAUCGGCGCCGAGUGCUGCGAGAUCACGGAAUACGCCGUGGACCGGACGGUCAUGGAUUGCGCGGACGGGGCGAAACCCCUCGAGAGCGUCCGGAUGAUGGGCUGCUAUUUGGAACCCCGGACGAUCGACGGGCACAUCAUGGACAAGAAGAUUCUCGAUUACACCAACUCGGGAUCCAGGAGUCCGGGACCGGCGAAAUAUUGCGUGAAGACGACGAUUGGACCACGAGCGACCGACCCGUCGAUCGAAAAAAAUCCCGCAUAUUCGAUAAGGGGAAAGAAGUCCAAAAACAUUUACGCUUUCGGGCCGGGGCCCAUGUACAACACGACGGGGCUGUUGCGAGUGGGCCGCGACCGAGUGCCCGGCGGCCCGUUCGGGUUGCGGCCGCUGAACGUCGGGCUGGCCAAAGGCCCGAGCCCCGCCGAGUACUGCGUCAAGUCGUCGCUGUCGACGGCCGGCCACCGGAUCGGGCCGCGUCCCAAUCCUCUGAAAAUCGCGCGGGACACCGGACCGGCGCCGAACGCGUACUCGCCGGCGUGCGGCAACUGCCGGCUGAGGCCCACGCUCGGGCAGCGGCUCAACCCGUUCAAGGUUUUCCCCACGCCCGGCCCCGGCGACUACGAGUUACCGGCCGCCGACCUCUAUCUGCCCGGCCGGUUCUCCGCCGGCAAGACGAUCGGCCGACGGUUCGCGACCGGCUGCAAGCCCGAAACGCCCGGGCCGGCCACGUACGACGGCAAACGGCCGAAGUGUUGCACCAGGUUCACGUUCGGCGCCAAGAUACCGGACACGGUGCCCGCGUUCAGCGUCACCGCCGACAAUCAACACUACAGGUGCAGCUGAGCUCGUCGUCAAUAUUAUAAGAGCGUACUAUGCAGAAAAAACAAAACUUAAUUAUCGUAAUAUAAAAUACCGCAAUAUACCGUCCGACGCUUUUCGGCACUUACUGCAGAGUA